UGAUAAAAAGUUUAAUCUUUGAUCUUGAUAUUCCACCAACAGAAAUGGAAGUUAACCACCAUAGUUUCCGAUAAAACUUUUCUCACUUAUAGUUAUAUUAUAUAUCCCCCCUCUCCCUCUCCCUCUCCCCCUCUCCCUCUCCCUCUCUCUCUCUCUCUCUCUCUACAUCUGAAACUAGCACAGCAGACAAAUGAUGAGAGUGAGAGAGAGAGAAUUUUGUAUUCUGUUAGUGAGGAGUUAAGGUUGUUAGGAGAGAUUGGAAGAGAAAGAGUGCAUUUUUGAGGGUUUGCACAAUGCCAGUUCCUCUUGCUCCAUAUCCGACGCCUCCAGCACCAUUUACAUCUCCUCCUGCCAAUGGUUCACAAAGCCAGCUUGUAUGUUCUGGAUGUCGAAACCUUUUACUCUAUCCGGUAGGGGCAACCUCAGUGUGUUGUGCUGUUUGUAAUGUUGUUACGGCUGUACCGCCUCCUGGCACGGAAAUGGCACAAUUGGUUUGUGGUGGCUGCCACACCUUGCUUAUGUACAUUCGAGGAGCGACAAGUGUGCAAUGUUCUUGUUGUCACACUGUCAAUCUAGCUUUGGAAGCAAAUCAGGUGGCACAUGUCAAUUGUGGUAACUGCAGGAUGCUGUUGAUGUACCAAUAUGGAGCACGAAUUGUCAAAUGUGCGGUUUGCAAUUUUGUUACAUCGAUUGGGGCCUCAACAAGCACCACUGAACAGAAGCUCCACAACUAAAAGUUAUUAUAUGCAUACUAGUUGGCUAUUACAGAUGCUACUACCUUGGUUUUGAAACACAUCCCUCGGCGAGCAGAGGAAAUACCCUCUCUCUAUUCGCAUGUAUAGAGCUUUUCCCCCUUGCGUGACGUGGUAAUGAAUAAGCAGUUUUGGCAAAUCGUGAAGACUUCCAGUUUGUUGAUUCAUUAGAUAGAACUUUCACUUCAUUUUCUUUUACUUUGAUCAUGGGACACGCCGGUUUUCCGCCGAUGCUUUCUGCUUUGAAUUGUCAAUUUGUCAA